UUCUAUCAUUACUGUUUUGCACUUCCUAUAAAAGUCGAACUCAACAUCUCUGAGCUGCACACUGAGUGAAACUGAGCGUUCAACGAUGAGCAUCUUUUGGCAAAUCGCUAGUCUGCUACUGCUGCUGCGUUCCUGUGCUCCAGGUUUCUGCAUGCGCGAUGGGAUUGUUGGUGGGAAACUGUCUAUUCCACACAGUCGACCCUACAUGGUCUACAUUAAGGACUCAAAUUCUAAAUUAGCAUGUGGUGGUUUCUUGAUAAGAGAGGAUUUUGUGCUUACAGCAGCCCACUGUGAACGAAGUCAUCUAAAGGCGUAUUUGGGGGUCAAUGACACCAACAUUUUACCUCACGGCAUAGAGGUAGAAGCCACACCACAUCCCAAAUUCAAUAACACACCAGGCGAUGACAUCAUGCUUCUAAGGCUUAAGACGCCGGCAACUUUGAACAAAACUGUGAAUAUUAUCACUUGGCCAGAAUGUGAGAAUAAGGAAAUCUUGAAAGAUUGCUUGGUCUUGGGUUGGGGCUGGGAGGCUUACAAUGACGGGUGUCCAUCAAGUGUCCUCAAAGAAGUAAAUGUGACUCUGAUAGACUUUAAAAAGUGUGGCACUCAUUACACCCUUUGCUCUAAUGGAUCAUUUGGACCAGCAAAGGGAGACUCUGGAGGUCCACUUGUUUGUGGAGAUGUUGCACAGGGAAUUGUGUCUUAUUACACAGAGUCAUUUGGAAUGUACCUCACAAGAUACACUCGUAUUUCUCACUACCAUCAAUGGAUUGAUCACAUCCUGAAUAAAACUAAUCAGCAGCAACUCAAGGCAUGGAGGGGGAAGUUGUAUGAACUCGUUUAGUUGUCUGGUUCAGUGCAGAGUUAGUCAUUUACGUUUGGUUAAUAAGGAAUAAGCAUGUGACAUUAAAUAUGCUAAUUAAAUUAUAUGUUUUUAUGAAGCCAUUUUUUCCCUUUCUAAAAUCUACUGUGCAAAUCUGUCUCUGCACUUGCAGGCCUCUACUGCCACCUUGUGCUGAAAGUGUAUUUUAUAAUUGCUGAAAAAGUAUGUUUAGGAGAAAGUGUGUAAUGCAAAUAACAAAAUAAAAUGCUAUAAACAAAAA